GUCCGGUCUCCGGGCGGCGUCGCAGCAGCGGGUCAGUCGGCUCUUGUUCCGCACUCGGGCGGGUUCCUCAGUGCCGCACGUGGGCGCGCCUGCCAAGGAGGGCCACCUCCGCCGCUUUUAGAUCCUUUCUCUGCUGUGAGAAUGUAAGAUGGAUCCAGAAGAGCAGGAGCUAUUGAAUGACUACCGAUACAGAAAUUACUCUUCCGUGAUUGAAAAGGCCUUAAGAAAUUUUGAGUCAUCAAGUGAGUGGGCGGAUCUCAUCUCUUCCCUCGGCAAGCUCAACAAGGCUCUUCAGAGUAACCUGAAGUAUUCAUUGUUGCCAAGACGGCUCAUUAUCAGCAAACGAUUAGCUCAGUGCUUGCACCCAGCUUUGCCCAGUGGUGUGCACUUAAAAGCCCUAGAAACCUAUGAGAUUAUCUUCAAAAUUGUUGGAACCAAAUGGCUGGCCAAGGAUUUGUUUCUGUACAGUUGUGGACUGUUUCCUCUCCUGGCAAACGCGGCGAUGUCAGUGAGGCCGGUGCUCCUCGGCCUCUACGAGAAGUACUUUCUCCCGCUGCAGAAGCUGCUCCUGCCCAGCCUCCAGGCCUUCAUCAUCGGCCUACUGCCAGGCCUCGAGGAGGGAUCCGAGAUCUAUGACAGAACAGACGCUUUGCUGCUGAGGCUGUCCGUGGUGGUCGGCAGGGAGGUGUUCUACUCUGCCCUCUGGGGCAGUGUCCUGGCGAGCCCGGCUGUGCGCCUCCCAGCCUCACUCUUUGUCGUGGGUCACAUCAACCACCAUGCACCAGGCAAGGAGCAGAAGUUCAUGCUGGGGACAGAUUACCAGCUUACGGUCAAGUCUUUGUGUGCAUCACUGUUGGACUCAAACGUUCUGGUGCAGAGAAAUAAUCUGGAGAUUGUCUUGUUCUUCUUCCCAUUUUAUACCUGUCUGGAUCCUGAUGAGAGAACCAUUCCUCUGCUUAGAUCUGAUAUCGUACAUAUUCUCUCAGCGGCCACCCAGACCCUCCUGAGAAGAGAAAUGUCUCUGAACAGAAGACUCUAUGCGUGGUUACUAGGUUCGGAUAUUAAAGGCAACACUAUUGUGCCAGAAUCUGAAAUCUCAACUUCUUAUGAAGACCAGUCCUCUUAUUUUUUUGAAAAGUACUCGAAGGAUCUUCUAGUUGAGGGCCUGACCGAAAUACUGCACCAGAACUUCUCAGGUGUCGAUGUGGAGGAACGCCAUCAUGCUUACCUGAAACCUUUCCGCAUCCUCAUCAGCCUGCUUGACAAGCCGGAAAUAGGGCCGCAGGUGGUUGGGAAUUUAUUUCUGGAAGUGAUCAGGGCCUUUUAUUCGUACUGCAGAGAUGCUCUUGGUUCUGAUCUUCAGCUGAGCUACACUCAGAGUGGAAACUCGCUGAUAAGUUCAAUAAAAGAAAAUAAAAAUGCCUCCGAGAUUGUUAAGACAGUGAAUUUGCUGAUCACUUCCCUCAGCACAGACUUUCUCUGGGAUUAUAUGAUGAGGUGUUUUGAGGAUUGCUUUAGGCCAGCGAAGACAGAGAAGCAGAGUCACUCUGGAGGGAAAAGCAUGAGCACACCACCCACCGUCUCUGAGCUCUGUACCCUCCUCGUGUUCCUGCUGGACGUUAUUCCUUUGGAGCUGUACUCUGAGGUGCAAACCCAGUAUCUCCCGCAGGUGCUCAGCUGCAUGUUGCAACCCCUGUCUGAGAACCUGGAGUCUCUGAGCUUACCCGAGCUCACACAGGCCUUAAAAACCUGCUUUAAAGUGCUCAGCAGAGUCCAGAUGCCUCCCUCCUACCUGGACGCAGAGCCAGCCAGCGAGAGCGGGAGUCCAGUGAAAGGUGACAAUGGGGAGGUCGUUUUAGAAACAAAGGCCGUGAUUCCGGGCAACGAAAAUGCUCCGUUUCCUCCCCUGAAAUCUGAAGACAGUGGGAUCGGGCUGAGUGCAUCAUCACCGGAGCUCUCUGAACACUUGAGGGUCCCCAGGGUCUCCCCAGAAAGAGAUGACGUUUGGAAGAAGGGCGGGAGCAUGCAGCAGACCUUCCACUGCAUCCAAGAGCUCAUCGCAAACUUUGCCAGCAAGAACAUCUUUGGGGUCACGCUAACUGCAUCUGGAGAAGAAGGCAAGUCAGAAGAGCCCGUAGGCAGGAGGGACAAGAGCGGGACACAGGAUGCCAUCACUGAGGACACCAGCAAGAAGAACUCGUGGGACACCAAGACCAUCACUGUGCCACAGUUCAAGCAGAUGCUUUCAGACUUGUUCACGGUUCGAGGGUCUCCGUUUAAGAUGAAGAGUUUGGCGUCACCGUCAUCUUUGCCCAGUAGCCCUGGCCAGAAGAAAGAGGGAGACUGGGAUGUUGCCCAGGUGGUCAUUGACCUGGGGGGCUCGAAGGAGGACUGCAGGGAGGCCUUUGCCGCUGCCUGCCACCUGCUGCUGGACUGUGCCACCUUCCCCGUCUACCUGUUCGAGGAGGAGAUGGAGCAGCUCUGCCAAGCGCUCUUCCAGCCUCCAGGAGAGUGCGACUCCAGCUUUCCGUCUUGGCUGAAGUCCCUCAUGACCAUUGGCUGCUGCGUGACCGACUGCUACCUCCAGAACGUGGCCAUCUCCACGCUGCUAGAGGUGAUCAACCAUUCCCAGUCCCUGGCACUCGUCAUCCAAGACAAGAUGAAACGCUAUAAAAGCUCUGGACACAACCCAUUUUUCGGCAAGCUGCAGAUGGUUACAGUUCCUCCCAUUGCUCCAGGGAUAUUGAAAGUCAUCGCAGAGAAAACAGACUUCUAUCAGAGGGUGGCCCGUGUGCUUUGGGAUCAGCUGACUAAGGACACCCGGGAGCACCAUGUCACCUGCGUAGAGCUGUUCUACCGGCUGCACUGCCUGGCUCCGACGGCCAACGUCUGUGAGGACAUUAUCUGCCAUGCCCUCCUGGACCCUGACAAGGGGACACGGUUGGAAGCGCUCUUUAGAUUUUCCGUGAUAUGGCACCUGACGAGAGAGAUCCAAGGCAGCCGGGUCACCUCUCACAAUCGCUCCUUUGAUAGGUCCUUGUUCGUUGUGCUGGACAGCCUGGCCUGCUCAGAUGGCGCCAUUGGUGCCGCGGCCCAGGGCUGGCUGGUGCGGGCACUCUCCCUCGGGGACGUGGCGCGCAUCCUCGAGCCUGUGCUCCUGCUGCUGCUCCAGCCCAAGACCCAGAGGACCUCUAUCCACUGCCUCAAGCAGGAGAACUCGCCAGAAGACUUGCAUCGUUGGUUCAGCAGGAAGAAAGCCCCCUUCAGGGAGGCGUGCGGGGCGCCUGAACUUCUGGAAGGCGGCUCAGAGGAAAACCUGCCUCUGAAUCAAUUCACCACUGUGGACCGCGAAGCCAUUUGGGCUGAAGUGGAGAAGGAGCCAGAGAAGUGCCCGCCCCACAGCGAGCUGAGGGAGGAGGACCUCCCCUACUACGUGGGCCUGCCGGACGGGCUGGUGCACGGGGCCCCAGAGAGCAGCGAGCAUACUGAGUCCGCAGACACGACCUCCGGGCACACAAACAGCGAGAACACAUCCUCCUUCUCAUCCCCAUCCCGUGACCCACGGGAACUGAGCAGCGAGGAGAACUGCUGCACCCCCAUCCCUGCAGUCGGCAGGGCCUACAUCAAGCGCCCAGCCCUACUGGCUGCCUUCCAGUCAGAAAGCUUCAAGUCCAAUGCCAAGUUAAGCCUGGCACGCGUGGACUCAGACAAGACCCAGGCCUCAGAGUCGCUGUCCAGUGAUGAGGAGGCUGACCUGGAGCUUCAGGCUCUCACCACGUCCCGGCUGCUUAAGCAGCAGCAGAAGCGGCAAGAAACCCUUGAGGCCUUGUUCAAGCACAUUCUGCUCUACCUGCAACCCUAUGACUCCCGGCGGGUCCUCUAUGCCUUCUCGGUGCUGGAGGCUGUGCUCAAGACCAACCCCAAGGAGUUCAUUGAGGCUGUGUCCAGGACCAGCAUGGACACCAGCUCCACCGCGCACCUGAACCUCAUCUCCAACCUCCUUGCGCGCCACCAGGAGGCCCUCGUGGGCCAGAGUUUCUACGGGAAGCUGCAGACCCAGUCCCCCAACAUGUGCCCUCACUCCCUGCUGAUCGAGCUCCUCACCUACCUGUGCCUCAGCUUCCUGCGCUCCUACUACCCUUGCUACCUGAAGGUCUCCCACCGGGACAUCCUGGGCAACCGGGACGUACAGGUCAAAAGCGUCGAGGUUCUCAUCAGAGUGAUGACGCAGCUGGUCUCCAUGGCCAAGUCUGCAGAAGGGAAGAACGUGGAGUUCAUCCACAGCUUGCUGCAGAGGUGCAAGGUACAGGAGUUUGUCCUGCUCUCUCUGUCCGCCUCCAUGUACACGAGUCAGAAGCGCUAUGGCCUGGCCACCUCCGAGCGCAGCAGGGCACUGCAGGAGGACAGCCUCUUUGAGGAGAGCCUCAUCAACUUGGGCCAGGACCAGAUCUGGAGUGAGCACCCGCUGCAGAUCGAGCUACUGAAACUCCUGCAGGUGCUGAUCCUCUUGGAGCACCACCUGGGCCAGGCUCAAGAGGAGGCCGAGAGCCAGCCCGAGCUGUCCCGCGAGUGGCAGCAGGCCCUCAGCUUCCAGCAGGCCAUCAGCGCCCUGCAGUACAUGCAGCCACAUCCCCUUACCUCCCAGGGCCUGCUGGUCUCGGCUGUGGUGCGUGGCCUGCAGCCCACCUACGGCUACGGCAUGCACCCGGCCUGGGUCAGCUUGGUCACGCACUCUCUGCCGUACUUUGGGAGGUCCUUGGGAUGGACGGUGGCACCCUUCAUGGUACAGAUUUGCAAGAACUUGGAUGAGCUGGUCAAGCAGUAUGAAAGUGAAUCUGUGAAGCUCUCCAUCAGCAUAACCUCCGAGAAGGAAAACAUUUCUCCGGAUUACCCGCUCACUCUGUUGGAAGGUCUCACAACCAUUGGUCACUUCUGCCUUUUGGAACAGCCCAACCAAAGCAAAAAGACCACCGCGGUAAGUGAUACCACCAACCUGAGAAAUGCCAAGAACGCCAUCCUGGAAGAGCUGCCGCGAAUUGUGAACACCAUGGCGCUCCUCUGGAACGUGCUCAGAAAAGAAGAGACUCAAAAGAGACCUGUCGAUCUUCUCGGGGCCACAAAGGGGUCCUCUUCAGUUUACUUUAAAACCACCAAAACCAUAAGACAAAAAAUUUUAGACUUCUUGAAUCCCUUGGCAGCCCACCUUGGGGUUCAGCUCAUAGCAGCUGUUGCAGCAGUAUGGAGCAGGAAGAAAGUGAAACGCCACAGUAAAAUGAAGAUUGUCCCUAUGGCUAGCACAUCCCAGCUCACUCUCGUGGACUUGGUUUGUGCACUCAGCACUCUGAAGACUGACACCGUGUUGCACCUGGUGAAGGAAGUGGUCAAGAAGCCACCGCAGAUUAAGGGGGACGAGAAAUCUCCCCUAGUGGAUAUUCCGGUGCUGCAGUUUAGCUACGCUUUUAUCCAAAGGCUCCCAAUACUAGCCUUGCAAGAGAACUUCCCUUCGUUGCUGGGAGUAUUGAAGGACUCUGUGCAGUUGAAUCUGGCUCCACCAGGCUACUUUCUGCUCCUCAGCAUGCUGAAUGACUUUGUAACAAGAACUCCCAGCCUGGAAAGCAAGAAGUAUCAGAAAGACCUGCAGGAAGUCACUCAAAAAAUCCUAGAAGCAGUGGGAAACAUUGCUGGCUCUUCCCUGGAACAAACCAGCUGGCUAAGCAGAAACCUGGAAGUGAAGGCCCAGCCUCAGAUCUCUCUAGAAGAAUCUGAUGCUGAGGAAGAUUUGUGUGCGGAAGCUGCCGCAGCUUCUUCGAUGGUGUCUGCAUCUGCCCCUUCGGUGUACAGCGUGCAAGCCCUCUCUCUCCUGGCAGAGGUUCUGGCGUCUCUCCUGGACAUGGUUUAUCGAAGUGAUGAGAAGGAGAAGGCUGUGCCCUUAAUUUCACGCUUGCUUUAUUAUGUUUUCCCUUACUUGCGCAACCACAGUGCCUACAACGCUCCCAGCUUCCGUGCCGGAGCUCAGCUGCUGAGUGAUCUAAGUGGCUAUUCCUAUACAAAACGAGCCUGGAAGAAAGAAGUCCUGGAAUUAUUUUUGGACCCAGCUUUCUUUCAGAUGGAUACCUCUUGUAUUCAUUGGAGGUCCAUUAUUGACCAUCUUCUGGCUCAUGAGAGAACCAUGUUUAAAGACUUAAUGAACAUGCAGAGCAGUUCUUUAAAGCUAUUCUCAAGUUUUGAACAGAAAGCCAUGCUGUUGAAACGCCAGGCUUUUGCCAUCUUCAGUGGAGAAUUUGAUCAGUAUCACCCUUACCUUCCACUGAUACAAGAACGCCUGACAGACAAUCUCAGAGUUGGACAGACACCCAUAGCUGCUGCUCAGAUGUUUCUUUUUUUCAGAGUUUUGCUGCUAAGAAUAUCUCCUCAACAUUUAACUUCAUUGUGGCCAAUAAUGGUCUCGGAAUUGAUUCAGACAUUCACACAGCUUGAAGAAGAUCUGAAAGAGGAAGUUGAAUCACUGAGAAACAGCAACAAAACUAGCAAAACAAAAGUUUUGGUCCCUGAUGGAAACGGGCCCUUGAUGGGGGAAAUACCCCCGAAUGAACUCAUCUUAUAUUUGUCAGCUUGCAAAUUCUUGGACACAGCACUUUCCUUUCCACCUGACAAAAUGCCGUUAUUUCAAAUCUAUAGGUGGGCAUUUGUUCCAGAAGUGGACACAGAGGGUCCUGCCUUCCUGUCAGAUCUGGAAGAGAAUCACCAGGAAUGCAAACCCCACACUGUUAGGAUUCUAGAGCUUCUAAAAUUAAAAUAUGGGGAAAUUAGCAGCUCUGACGAGAUAACGGUGAAGAGCGAAUUUCCUCUCCUGCGCCAACAUUCUGUUUCCAGCAUUAGGCAACUGAUGCCAUUCUUCAAGACUCUAAACUGUGCUUUUAAAACCCAGAGUAAACUUCCUGCUGACUGUUCAGGACCUCCAUGCGUAGAGGAUCUUGUCACAGAUAGCCCAAGGAUCUUGCAACAACUAGAAGAAAGUGUUGAACAUGAUUUUUUGGAGCACCUGGAGUGCUAACCUCGUAAGGCAGAAUUGGUUUAAUUCAUUGAUUGAUCCUUCAGAGACAACCAGGAUAUAUUCUAACAAAGGAAAGAGCCAGGGUAGUGCUUUCAACUGGGUCUAUUUCAAUUUUGAAAGCGAAUUUCAGAUAAUUUUCUGUUUGGCAACAAAACACACCUCUCUAAAUGCGUUGUAAUAUAUUUGGAUCUGAUUAUAUGUUUCUUCCCCAAUUUAUGUAAUGAAAAUAAAAUUAAUAUAUCAUCCAACUGUAGCCCAGAAUUUGUAAUAUGAAGUAAAGUAUGGAGAGAUGAAAAAGUCAUCUUCUUUGUUGAAGUAGAUUAUACACGGGCCUUUCUCAGUAUAUUUCUCUAAAUAUUUAAACUUGUUAAAAGAAUAUAUAUUUUUUAACCUUUCACACAUAUAUCCUUUAAAGCAUUUAUUUUGGUACUGCAUUUUAAAAUUGGAAUAUGUUUUCUGAAAAUAAUAGUUUCCCUUAUGAUAACACUGACCAUUGAGCAGAGGUGAGCACUGGAAGAUAUCACAGCAUGUUUUAACCCUUGCCCAUUAAAGUCUCAUAUGCAUUCUUCCACGGUGUAAGAAGUACAUAGUUGUAAAAAAAAUUCUGACAACUGUAACCUUAGUUAUGCUCCACAGUGUAGUUCGCAGGCUCUUUCUAUUUAGUUUCGAUCAAUCAGUGUAGACAUGGACACUUUAAUGCCUGAAACUACUUUUAGGGAAACACUCAUUUGACUGGUCGCCUUUCCUCGCUCCUUUCUGAGAUCUCUUUACCAUUUUGCCAACAUCAUCAUAACCCUUUCCUAGGCCAAGGAUUCGUAGCGGGAAUCUCAUCCCACUCGUCCCCAGGCCUCUUUGUCUUGUGUCAACCACCCCGUGUAGAAUCCCGGCUGAGGGCCACUUCCAGCUGUGGUGACUUUCACUCUCAGCCAGUGAGCACGGUCCACACCUUCAAGACCUGCCCAUCUCUUGUACCCUUCCGGCCACCAGAGCACUGCAUAUGUCACUUUCCAGGCCAGAUGAUGCGAACUGUCCUCAUGAGCACUGUCAUAUACAUCUCUCCUAUACAAGGGCUUCUUGAAAUUUGAUAUCAUCAGUUAGGGUUCUCCUCAGUCCUACCACUUAGAGCUUAGGGUGGUGCAAAAGCAAGUGUGUGUCAUUAGCCCCAACAUGGGAUGUGGGGGUCACAGAGCCACUUGGUUCCCUAAAUAAGGGCUAAAAAUAACAGUUGAAACGCACCAUGGUGGGAAAAAUGCCUCAUGGAAAUUAGAUCAUUUCAUGUGUAGGGAGUUAUCCUUAAAGUAGCAGCGUUUAUAAGGCUGGUCACUAAAAUCUAAAAUAUUGAAGUGUAGAAUUGUAAAUGCUGUGAAUUAUAAUUGUUUAUAAUAUGGUUUACCUGUAUUUCAAUUUGUGAAGAGAUAACCAUACUCUGAUUAAUCCUUAACAUCAAGGUAGAUGUGCAUGUUCAUUUAUCAACAUUUACAACAAAAUUAAUAACUGACUUGUAUCAUCAGUAGCUAUUAUGCCAUAAAGGUAGUUCUCUACUUAGAUUUACAAACUUAGUUUUUUAUUUUUUCUCUCCAGUAUCUAAAACAGCAACUUACUAUUUUCUACUGAUACCAUAUAUAAUUUAUUUCUUAGUGUUAGAUAAAAAUUUUAAAAGACAUAGCUUCUACAACACUCAGGUCUUUAUGUUCAUCAUUGAAUAAUCAAGAAGCCUUAUAAUAAGAUGCACAUAUAAAUCUUUUCUUUUAUGAAGGUGAAUACUAUAGUGGUGGAGGGUAUAGGCCCUGAAGUCAACCUGCCUAGGUUUGAAUCUCAGCUUUCCCACAUACUACCUUCAGCAAGAACUUUGCCAGGUGCCAGGCAUGGUGUGUGAAUUCCUUCAGGACCCCCACAUUCUACGAAGCCAGUGGAAAUGAGACGCAGAGAAGCAGCCCCAGGAACUGAAACUUACCACUGUCUGUGUUCUCAAACCCAGAGCUGAGAAAGUUAAACAGGAGAGUCUCUAGAAGGCACCUGUUAUUUGGUAAUGUGAAGGAGACAGUUUCUGAGACUGCCCCGCCCCAUUAUGACUUCCUUCGAAACCAGCUCAGAGGAAGUAAGCUGAGAAAACUGGUUCCUGGCUCUCAAGGUGUGACGAAGCAUGUUUUAAAAGAAAGCAAGCUUUGUUUUCCAGUAUUUGUACAUCAUGCCCAGUAGAAAACUAGGAAUAGAAGUAGCUAGAAUCGUGGAAAUAGUUGAUGAAGACUGUACUUACAAGUGUUGAACAGCUACCUGGGGGAGCAGACAGAAUCCUAUGCUGUUGGUGUUAAAUGCUCUGACAUAAGAAAAUGCCUUCACCAGGUACUUUUUGCCAUUCAGUUAGACACACAGCACCAGUGAACAUGGAAAGCCAACGCCAUCAAAGAAGGGGAUAUGAUUAGGACCAGAACAUGGGCCAACUAAGGAGUUCACCCAUUCUUCAGGGAGCUGCAAUUGGACCUUACUGGAGACCCUGAGAGGUGCAAACAGUUAAGCACUCCACUACUAACCAAAAGGUUGGUGGUUCGAACCCACCCAAAGACAUCUCAAAAGAAGGGCCUGGCCAUCUGCUUCCGAAAGGUCACAGCCUUGAAAACCCUAUGGAACAGUUCUACUCUACACACACGGGGUUGCCAUGAAUCAGAAUUGACUCAACAGCAAUCGGUUUUCUUUCUGGUCUAAGAUCACUAUAAGAUACCAGUUAUCUUAUGUGUGAUCAUGCUUAAGUAUUUUCUCAAGUUGUGUAGUACUCAUUCCAUCCAAUAAGUUCAAUCAUCUUCAGUCAGAAUUUGUGCCAUCCCUCUGAAGUUCAGUGUGAAGAGAACCCCUUCAAACAUUGCUUAGGAUGGUGACAAGGAUCCUGGGGUUCCAAAUCUGACAGUUGCAGCUAGAAUCCUGCAAAGCAGCACUGCUUAGCAGGGGCUCUCACACAUCUUUGUGCACAAAGAUCACCUGGGGAGCUUGCAGAGUCUGAUUCAGUAGAUAGGGUGUGUCUUAGGCUGGGUUCCCUAGAAAAGCAAAACCAGUACAGUAUAAACAUAUAUAUUGUUGUUGUUGUUGUUGUUAGGUGCUGUCAAGUUGGUUCUGACUCAUAGCGACCCUAUGCACACCAGAACGAAACACUGCCCGGUCCCGCGCCAUCCUUACAAUCCUCGUUAUACUUGAGCUCAUUGUUGCAGCCACUGUGUCAAUCCACCUCGUUGAGGGUCUUCGUCUUUUCCGCUGACCCUGUACUCUGCCAAGCAUGAUGUCCUUCUCCAGGGACUGAUCCCUCCUGACAACACGUCCAAGGUAUGUAAGACGCAGUCUCACCAUCCUUGCUUCUAAGGAGCAUUCUGGUUGUACUUCUUCAAAGACAGAUUUGUUCCUUCUUUUGGCAGUCCAUGGUAUAUUCAAUAUUCUUCGCCAACACCACAAUUCAAGGGCAUCAACUCUUCUUCAGUCUUCCUUAUUCAUUGUCCAGUUUUCACAUGCAUAUGAUGUGAUUGAAAAUACCAUGGCUUGGGUCAGGUGCACCUUAGUCUUCGAGGCGACAUCUUUGCUCUUCAACACUUUGAAGAGAUCCUUUGCAGCACAUUUGCCCAAUGCAGUGAGUCUUUUGAUUUCUCAACUGUUGCUUCGAUAACUGUUGAUUGUGGAUCCAAGUAGAAUGAAAUCCUUGACAACUUCAAUCUUUUCUCCGUUUAUCAUGAUGUUGCUCAUUGGUCCAGUUGUGAGGAUUUUUGUUUUCUUUAUGUUGAGGUGUAAUGCAUACUGAAGGCUGUGGUCUUUGAUAUUCAUUAGUAAGUGCUUCAAGUCCUCUUCACUUUCAGCAAGCAAGGUUGUGUCAUCUGCAUAACGCAGGUUGUUAAUGAGUCUUCCUCCAACCUUGAUGCCCCCUUCUUCAUAUAGCCCAGCUUCUCGUAUUAUUUGUUCAGCAUACAGAUUAAAUAGGUAUGGUGAAAGAAUACAAUCCUGAUGCACACCUUUCCUGACUUUAAACCAAUCAGUAUCCCCUUCUUCUGUCCAGAUAACUGCUUCUUGAUCUACGUAAGGGUUCCUCAUGAGCACAAUUAAGUGUUCUGGAAUUCCCAGUCUUCGCAGUGUUAUCCGUAGUUUGUUAUGAUCCACACAGUCAAAUGCCUUCACAUAAUCAGUAAAACACAGGUAAACAUCCUUCUGGUAUUCUCUGCUUUCAGCCAGGAUCCAUCUGACAUCAGCAAUGAUAUCCCUGGUUCCACGUCCUUUUCUGAAACUGGCCUGAAUUUCUGGCAGUUCCCUGUCGAUACACUGCUGCAGCCGUUUUUGAAUGAUCUUCAGCAGAAUUUUGCUUGCGUGUGAUAUUAAUAAUAUUGUUCUAUAAUUUCCACAUUCGGUUGGAUCACCUUUCUUGGGAAUAGGCAUAAAUAUGGAUCUCUUCCAAUCAGUUGGCCAGGAAGCUGUCUUCCAUAUUUCUUGGCAUAGACGAGUGAGCACCUCCAGCGCCGCAUCUGUUUGUUGAAACAUCUCAAUUGAUAUUCCAUCAAUUCCUGGAGCCUUGUUUUUCGCCAAUGCCGUCAGAGCAGCUUGGAAUUCUUCCUUCAGUACCAUCGGUUCCUGAUCAUAUGCCACCUCUUGAAAUGGUUGAAUAUCAACUAAUUCUUUUUGGUAUAAUGACUCUGUGUAUUCCUUCCAUCUUCUUUUGAUGCUUCCUGCAUCAUUUAAUAUUUUCCCCAUAGAAUCCUUCACUAUUGCAACUCGAGGCUUGAAUUUUUUCUUCAGUUCUUUCAGUUUGAGAAACGCCGAGCGUGUUCUUCCCUUUUGGUUUUCCAUCUCCAGCUCUUUGCACAUGUCAUUAUAAUACUUUAUUUUGUCUUCUCGAGAGGCCCUUUGAAAUCUUCUGUUCAGUUCUUUUACUUCAUCAACUCUUCCUUUUGCUUUAGCUGCUCGAUGCUCAAGAGCAAGUUUCAGAGUCUCCUCUGACAUCCAUCUUAGUCUUUUCUUUUCUGUCUUUUCAGUGACCUCUUGCUUUCUUCGUGGAUGAUGUCCUUGAUGUCAUUCCACAACUCGUCUGGUCUUAGGUCACUAGUGUUCAAUGCAUCAAAUCUAUUCUUGAGAUGGUCUCUAAAUUCAGGUGGGAUAUACUCAAGGUCAUAUUUUGGCUCUUGUGGACUUGCUCUGAUUUUCUUCAGUUUCAGCUUGAACUUGCAUAUGAGCAAUUGAUGAUCUGUUCCACAGUUGGCCCCUGGCUUUGUUCUGACUGAUGAUAUUGAGCUUUUCCAUCGUCUCUUACCACAGAUGUAGUCAAUUUGAUUUCUUUGUUUUCCAUCUGGCAAGGUCCAUGUGUAUAGUCGCUGUUUAUGUUGGUGAAAGAAGGUAUUUGCAGUAAAGAAGUCGUUGGUCUUGCAAAAUUCUAUCAUUUGGUCUCCGGCAUUGUUUCUGUCACCAAGGCCAUAAUUUCCAGCUACUGAUCCUUCUUCUUUGUUUCCAACUUUUGCAUUCCAAUCACCAGUAAUUAUCAAUGCAUCUUGAUUGCAUGUUUGAUCAAUUUCAGAGUGUAACAGCUGAUAAAAAUCUUCUAUUUCUUCAUCUUUGGCCCUAGUGGUUGGUGCAUAAAUUUGAAUAAUAGUCAUAUUAACUGGUCUUCCUUGUAGGCCUAUGGAUAUUAUCCUAUCACUGACAGCGUUGUACUUCAGGAUAGAUCUUGAAACGUUCUUUUUGACGAUGAAUGCAACACCAUUCCUCUUCGAGUUGUCAUUCCCAGCAUAGUAGACUAUGUGAGUGUCCAAUUCAAAAUGGCCAAUACCAGUCCAUUUCAGCUCACUAAUGCCUAGGAUAUCAAUAUUUAUGCAUUCCGUUUCAUUUUUGAUUUCCAAUUUUCCUAGAUUCAUACUUCGUACAUUCCAGGUUCUGAUUAUUAAUGGAUGUGUGCAACUCUUUCUUCUCAUUUUGAGUCGUGCCACAUCGGCAAAUGAAAGUCCCAAAAUCUUUGCUCCAUCCAUGUCAUUUAGGUUGACUCUACUUUGAAGAGUCAGCUCUUCCCCAGUCAUCUUUUGAGUGCCUUCCAACCCGGAGGGCUCACCUUCCAACACUAUAUCACACAAUGUUCCGCUGCUAUUCAUAAGGUUUUCACUGGCUAAUGCUUUUCAGAAGUAGACUGCCAGGUCCUUCUUCCUAGUCUGUCUUAGUCUGGAAGCUCAGCUGAAACCUGUCCUCCAUGGGUGACCCUGCUGGUAUCUGAAUACCGGUGGCAUAGCUUCCAGCAUCACAGCAACACACAAGCCCCCACAGUACGACAAACUGACAGACACAUGGGGGAAAUAUAUAUAUAUAUAUUUCCCCACGGAAUUCUUCACUAUGGCAACUCAAGGAGAGAUUUAUAUCAAGGAAAUGGCUCAUGCGUUUGUACAGGCCGAAACGUCCAAAGUCCAUGGGUCACGAUAGAGCCUUCUGGUUCACAUAGCUGUAGGAGCUGGCAAACUCAAGGUUGGCAGGUCAGCCGGGCUCUUGAUCACAGGCCACGAAGACUGAUGAAUCUCAGGAUCAGCAGGCAAGAUCACAAGUAAGCUGCUAGCUCAAGUCCCAAGAACCAGAAGUCAGACAAACAGGAUCCAACACAAGCAAAAAGCCGGCAAGCCUGCCAGAAUUUCCACUUAUAUUAGAUGCAGGCCACACACCCAAGGAAACUCCUUUUUAACUAAUUGGCUAAUCACAGCAGAUCCCAUCAUGGGGGUGAUCACAUAUAUCAAAUCUCAUCAUGGAAGUGAUUGCAACAUCACACAAAUGUCAAACCACUGAGAAUCAUGUCCCAGCCAAGGUGACAUACAACCUUAACUAUCACAGGCUGGCAUUCGGGAACCUGCAUGUAUUGAAAGUGAUGCAGGUGGUUCCUGGACCACUCUCAGAGACACCUGAGUUUUCAGACCUGUGCAUUCAGUAACAAAGUGGGUGGCUCUUAUGGAAACAAGGAAGCAAGUAAGGCUGAAGCUUCUCUGGCUGCUACUUAUCCUAUACUAGUAGCUCUUCUCCAUGGGUUCAUCAUGUAAGAUGAUGAGGCCCAUCUGUUGAACUAAGGGGGAAAGUACACAGACUUCAAAUUCUGUGGGUUUAAAGUGAGGGUUCAGUGGCAGAAUUCUUGUCUUCCAUGCAGGAGACCUGAGUUUCAUCUCUGGCCAAUGUACUUCAUGUGCACCACCGCCCAUCAGUCAGUGGAAGCUUGUGUGUUGCUGUGAUGCUAAACAGUUUCAGUGGACCUUCAGACUAAAAUGGAUUAGGAAGAAAGGUCUGGGUGAUCUAUUUCUGAAAAUCAGCCAAUGGAUCACAAUGAUCCGAUCUGCAGUUAUCAUGGGGAUGGUGCAGGACUGGGCAGCGCUUCAUUUCAUUUUGCAUGGGGUCAUCAUGAAUUGGGGCCUGACUAAACAGUGGCAAACAACAACAUAUAUAGAUAUAUCAUCAGUUAUGAGAUAGACAACAUCCCAUUUACAAUAACAACAAUAAUAUUUAGAGUAAAAAAGCUUAAUGAAUGUGCAAGAUCUCCUUGGGAAAAAAAAAAAAAAAACACUACCAAAAGAGAAAAUAAGA